AAUGACCCUUAUUGGAUUAAUUAUCGUUUUCUGCAUUAUUCCGUCAGCUGUCAACGCGGAUUGUCUCUCAGGGAACUGGACAACGCGUGUCGAUACAGAUGGAAAUACUUAUGGUUAUCAAGUACUUGCGAGAGACUGGCUUAAUUUUUAUGAGGCCCGUGCUCUAUGUCUCGGAGUUGGAGGAGAUGUGGCAUCUAUCCACAGUGGUACUGAAAACGAGUUUGUCCGAAAAUUGGCAGCACCAUAUAUUAUCGGGUGCCAAACAAAUAAAACAACAUGUGGUGCUAGAGCUACUACAAGUCUUGAUACUGUUUUAAGUGUAGUUUGGCUGGGAAUGCAUCGUUGUCAAUAUUUUCCAAGUUAUAAUGCUACAGUUGAUUGUGUCAAUUCGGAUGGAACGCCAUGUGAUUAUGGAGCUACAAAUGCUGUAAUUCUUACUGGUCCUUCUCCUUUCCCAUGGGCCUGGGGAAAUCCUUCAGGAUCUGACAGCGGAGGGGGAGCUGGUCUCAUUGAGGACUGCGUUUCAAUGUAUAAUGCCACAACAGGAGAAUGGAACGAUUUAUCAUGCUUCCAAAAAUUGGGUGGCGUCGUCUGUAAAAGAAAUUGUACAGGAACAUGUGGAAGUUCAUCUAUCAAGAAUGCUUUAAUUACUAGCCCUUCUGACAUAACGGACAGUAAGUUUUUACAAUUUAAUAGAUCUAACUCGAAAUAA